AUGUGCAACGAGGAAUUCUUCUGCAAGGAACCAGAUGAGGCUCUAUCAAUCUUCGAUUAUUUAGAUGAGAGUGCCCAACAAUGGAACACACAUCAUGAAUGGGCACUGAUAGCAACACAACCUCUUAGAGUGAUCAGUGGUGGAGGCAGAUACGAGGUCAAAGAGGAAACUAGCUUACAGGCUUUUGAUGCUGCUUUGUUUAAGAAAAUAGAGGUUAUGGAAUCAGAAAAAGAAAAAGCUAAGGAUUGCUCUAUCUGUGAGACCUUAUACCACAGAAUUAAGGACUGUCAAUUACUACCAGUGAAGAUCAAUACUCUACUUCUAGAGGCCAUACAGCAAAUCCUUGCAUAUGCAAAAUUUCUGAAAGACCUAUGCACAGUAAAAAGGACAUUGAACUUGAAGAAAAAGGCCUUCUUGACUAAGCAAGUUAGCGCGUUGAUACUAAGUCAAACUCCACAGAAACUUAGAGACCUUGUUUCUCCCACUAUUUCAAUCAUGAUUGGUGAACCUAGUAUCGGGAAAGCUCUACUUGAUAUGGGGAGUAGUGUGAACUUGCUCUCGUUUUCGAUAUAUGAAUGGCUGGGUUUAAGUGAGCUGAAGAGAACUAAUAUGAUGCAACAGUUGCUAGAUAGAUCUGUCAAAGCUCUACGAGGCGUUGUUGACGAUGUAUUGGUUCAGGUUGAUAAAUUUUACUACCCCGUGGAUUUUGUUGUUCUGGACAUGCAACAGCCUGUUUCCACCAUAUAUCAGGCCUCUAUCAUUCUUGAUGUCAGUGGGUGCGAUGACGCAAAAACACAUGCAGUUGAUGUAAUAGAUAAUUUGGAUGUUUCAGAGCUACUGUUGGUACUUGAUGUUGAUGGCCUGUUUGAAAAUGACUCUUCUGAACAACUUGAGGAAUUUGAUGAAAAAUUUCUAGGAUCGAAGGGGCAAAUUCCAGAGAUAGAUGGUACCCCUCACGUGUUGGAUGCAAGCUACACAAGUAGUUGGUGUAAGCCUACAUUUGAGGCCAUCGAUCUGCUAGAAAUUAUAAAGUCAUUGGAAGAAGAAACUCCAACACUCGAACUAAAACCAUUGCUUGAAGAGCUGAAAUAG